AUGCUUGCACUUGCAGUCUUCCUGCUCCUGCUCACAGAAACCACAGCAGGGUGGUCCAAGCCAGAUACAUGGCGGAUGCAUGAUCGAGGAGGAUGCAUCGCAAGGGAAAGGGAAGCCCUGCUGUCCAUCAAGGCCGGCAUCACGGCCGACCCGGAGCACCUCCUCUCGUCGUGGCAGGGGCAGGACUGCUGCCGUUGGGAGGGCGUCAGAUGCAGCAACAUGACCGGCCAUGUCAUCGAGCUCGAGCUCCAUGCACGGGGCGACUUCUCUCUUCUGGAAGGUGAGAUAAGCUCUUCUCUGAAAGACCUGGAGCAUCUGCAGCACCUGGACCUUGGCGGUAACUUUUUUCUCACCGGGCCUCAAGGCCGCCUCCCGGAGUUUGUAGGGUCUCUUCGUGACCUGCGGUACCUCAACCUUUCAAACGUGAAUUUUUCUGGCGUGGUGCCCCGCCAGCUUGGCAACCUCUCGAAAUUGCAAUUCCUUGAUCUGACUUCUCAAGAUUUACACUCAGAUGAUCUCUCAUGGCUGCCACAGCUCUCUUUGCUCAAGUAUCUUGACAUGAGCUAUGUGAACCUCGGUGCCGUGAUAAGCUUGGUUGACACAGUGAACAUGAUGGCCUCUCUUGAGGUCCUCAAGCUACAGUGGUGUUCGCUUAAUACCACAAGCCAGUUUGUGUCCCACUCGAACCUCACCAAGCUCAAGAUCCUCGACAUCUCUAACAAUGCAAUUCCAAUGCAGUUCGACACUAUUAGUUGGGUUUGGGAUGCACCCAACCUCAAAUAUCUGAACCUUAAGAACACCGGUGUAUAUGGCAUGUUUCCUGCACAGUUGGGAAACUUGAGUUCACUUGAAGUCCUUCAGCUGAGUGGCAACCAUCUAAAGGGAAUGAUACCAGAUACACUUUGCAGCCUGAGAAUAUUUGAACUGGCAGAGAAUGGUGUUCAAGGGAACGUGGUGGAGUUCAUCAAGAGGUUACCAACAUGUUCAUGGAGUCAGUUGCAGGUGCUGAAUCUGGAAGGCAAUAACAUAACUGGCUCCUUGCCAGACUGGAUCAGCCACAUGACUAGCUUGACCAUUCUUGAUCUUGGGUUCAACAAACUUACAGGACCUCUACCCGCUGGGAUAGGAGAGGAUGACUGGAAGGAAACUUGGGACAGGAACCAGGCGUAG